UCGCUCCUCGCUCGAAGCCAUUCGGCCAUUUUCAGGGUUUAAGAAGAAGCUCGUCUCGCAGUCAGAUCGUUGCAUUUCUCGCUCCUCGCUCGAAGCCAUUCGCCAUUUUCAGGGUUUAAGAAGAAGCUCGUCUCGCAGCAAUGAACCCCGCCGGUGGACAAGAAGAAAAAGGGGGGGAAAAUGAUGAGAAGACUGCAGAAGAUUCAACACAUGGAAAGCUGACCCUGGACAAAAAGGAGAGUGAAUGGGAUGAAUGGUAUGAAUUGGAACUGGAGGCACUGGGUCUUCCGCUUCCCCCCAAGAAGAGGGCCCGCCCCUUCAAACCCAACCCACCCCCCAGGAAGGCCAAGACGACUCCCUCCCUUCUUCUGGCCCCUGCUUCUCCUCCGGUGCGGGCUUCUCCUCCGGUGCCGGCUUCUCCUCCUGCUCUGGAGCUGGAUCCCGCAGAGCUGUAUGAUGGUCCAGAAUUUGUUCCUGAAGAUGAACCAGAAGAAAAGAAAGAUUAUUAUGGUGAAGAAUCGUCUGAUUCCCAAAACAGGGCCGUCGAUCAAGACUACCCCAGCACCGGCUCAGAUUAGGAAUAGAGACCGUGACGGCGAAUCCUUGGGUUUAAAACACUCCCUACCAAUAAUAAGACGGUGUUUCU